AGAUCCUGCCACUCGCAGCAGAAACCUACCUUAGCUAUUGAGCAUGCACAAAUGAAGAGCUUUGCGCCUGCUCUGUAGCUAAAUCGGACUUUGGUGGAGAGUAUCAGUAUCUUGUGGGGCAUUUGGCACUAGCUUCUCCUCUCUGAUCUCCUUGGCAUUCUCUCCUUGUAGAGUGUGAUUCCUGUUUCAUUCCCUGGCAACCCCCCAACCUUGUGAAGUAAAGAACUCUCCAGGUUUCACUCUCACUUCUUGCCCUCCUCUUGUAGAUCUCGGGUGCACUGCACUCUACGGUGAAAAACUCGGCAGAAGCAAGGCAAAGUUGGCGCGCUCUCCUUCAGCGCUGCGAGAAGCAGCCGAGGCUCCGAAGCUGUAGAAGCUGACCCGGGGCUCAGCAGAGGCUGAGACUGGUGCGACCCCGCUCCCCCUCAGUGUCACCGGAGCUGCACGGCACGCGAAGCUCGCUCCAACUUUAUUAGCGCCCAGGUCAAACCCAGGCAAAGGAACCUCAUUACAGUCUCCAGAUGGAGUGGACAGGGAGGAAUGCACACAACGCACUGGGCAGGGCAGCCCUCUCUCCCUCCCCUCAGACUCCCACUGCACUAUGAGGAGGGGCUUGUUGGAGACAGGCUUAAGUGCAUCGGGGCUGCUGAGAGCCAGCGGCUCCAGGACAUCGCUGGGAGGGGGAGUGGCGCUGGCGGGAUCAGCAGCCCUGGGAACAAACUCCUGUGGCCGCCUCCUUGUCCUUAUCCUCCUCCUCCUUGUCCUUCUCCUCUUCCUCCUCCUCUUCCUCCUCCUCCUCCUUCUCCUUUUCCUUUUCCCUUCUUAACUUUUACUCUGGUGGAAAGCUUGCGGCAGCAGCGUUAAUUGCUUUUCCCGACGACGCCCAGGACUCCCAGUUCCUUUUCCUUGGGAACUCUGGAAGCCCCCAGCAGCAGCCUCCGCCCUCGCUUCUGCCCAAGAGUGAGCCUGUUCUGGGGCUAGUUAUGAACCUCCUGCUGCUGCCCCCGCUGGGGGAAUUAGACAGGACUGCGGGGUUCUCUGCCACUGCGGACGUAUCCCGUAAAGGAUAGAAGCCGCUGAUCAGCACUACCAUCUCUGCCCUCGAGUGCCUGAGGCUGCUAGCCUUUGCCACAAGCCUUUAUCCCCCCCCCCCUGCUCACCAUCCCAGUAUACCUGGAGGUGGGGAGAGGUUAGGAUUCGGGUGGAGAGAGAAUUUGUGUUCUCAGAGGGUAGGGGCACCACCAUCGAGAUGUCAGCGCAAAGCCUGCUCAACAGUGUCUUUUCCUGUUCCUCUCCAGGGACCAGUGCUGCCUCUGGCAAGGGUCUGUCCAAAAGGAGAUUGCGCCAGACCCGCAGCCUAGACCCUGCGAUCAUCCGCAACUAUGGCCGAGAACCAGAGGAGGAGGAGGAUAUUGGUGGGCCCAUUCAUAACAGGGUUACUUUGGGCCCAGUUAGGGGAGCAGGCAGUGGGGGCAGCAGCCCCUGUACCCCACUUUCUUCAGCCGAGUGUCUCGCAGUGUCUUCUUCUAGGGGUGCAGUUCGAAGGGGGUUGCCAUCUCCUGACCCUCUGUGCUCAUCCUUCUCAACUCCCAGUACCCCCCAGGAGAAGUCACCCUCAAGCAGCUUCCACUUUGACUAUGAACCAGCCUUGGGACGAAACACCCUCAGGAGGAAUAUGGCCUUGGACCUGCCUUACUUCCUGGCUGGGCCCAGUAGUGGACGGUCCUCUUCCACUGCCGGCAUCCUCACCUCCCCAGGUGGAAGUACCAACAGCAUCUUCUCUUCUCCUCGGAGAUGGCUCCAGCAGAGGAAAUUACAGCCGCCACCUAACAGCAGCAGUCAUUCCUACAUUGUGUGGAAGUCUGAGGGUGAUUUUACUUGGAACAGCAUGUCAGGGCGCAGUGUUCGGCUGAAGUCAGUUCCCAUACAAAGCCUCUCAGAGCUGGAGCGUGCCCGAUUGCAGGAAGUGGCUUUUUAUCAGCUGCAGCAGGACUGCGACCUCAGCUGUCAGAUUACCAUUCCCAAAGAUGGACAGAAAAGAAAGAAAUCUUUGAGAAAGAAACUGGAUUCCUUAGGAAAGGAGAAAAACAAAGACCGAGAAUUUAUACCCCAGGCUUUUGGAAUGCCAUUAUCCCAAGUAAUUGCUAAUGACCGGGCCUACAAACUAAAACAGGACUCUCAGAAAGAGGAGCAAAAAGAUGCAUCCGAUUUUGUAGCUUCACUUUUACCAUUUGGAAGCAAGAAACAGAACAGAGAACUCUCAAGCAGUAAUUCAUCUCUUAGCUCAACCUCAGAAACACCAAAUGAGUCAACAUCCCCUAACACUCCGGAACCUGCUCCACGUGCCAGGAGGAGGGGUGCAAUGUCUGUGGACUCUAUUACAGAUCUGGAUGACAAUCAGUCUCGACUACUAGAAGCAUUACAACUGUCUUUGCCAGCUGAGGUUCAAAACAAAAAAGAAAAAGCAAGAGAUAAGAAACUGAGUCUAAACCCUAUUUACAGACAGGUUCCCAGACUUGUGGACAGCUGCUGCCAGCAUUUAGAAAAACAUGGUCUCCAGACAGUGGGAAUAUUCCGAGUUGGGAGCUCAAAAAAAAGAGUAAGACAGUUACGUGAGGAAUUUGACCGUGGUGUUGAUGUUUCAUUGGAAGAAGAACACAGUGUCCAUGAUGUGGCCGCGUUGCUCAAAGAAUUUUUAAGAGACAUGCCAGACCCCCUUCUCACCAGGGAACUCUAUACCGCCUUCAUCAACACUAUCUUGUUAGAUCCUGAGGAGCAACUGAGCACCUUACAGCUUCUCAUCUACCUUCUACCUCCCUGCAAUUGUGACACCCUCCACAGAUUGUUGCAAUUCCUCUCUACAGUGGCCAGACAUGCAGAAGACAAUGUUGACAAAGAUGGACAAGAGGUCACUGGGAACAAAAUGACAUCACUGAACUUGGCCACCAUAUUUGGACCUAACCUGCUGCACAAGCAGAAGUCUUCAGACAAAGAGUUCUCUGUGCAGAGUUCAGCCCGAGCAGAAGAGAGCACAGCUAUCAUUGCUGUGGUACAAAAGAUGAUUGAGAGCUAUGAAGCUCUUUUCAUGGUCCCUCCAGAUCUCCAGAAUGAAGUUUUGAUCAGCCUAUUAGAGACUGACCCUGAUGUUGUGGACUAUUUACUCAGAAGAAAAGCUUCCCAAUCAUCAAGCCCCCACCUGCUGAGAUCAGAGGGUUCCUUUUCCACGGAAGGGAGACAUUCAUCUACUGACUCCAACAAAGCCUCAAGCGGAGACGUCUCCCCUUACGAUAAUAACUCCCCAGUGCUGUCUGAACGCUCAUUGCUGGCUAUGCAAGAAGACAUUGUCCUGGGGUCAGAGAAGCUUUACAAGGUGCCUGAACAAUAUAUGUUGGUUGGCCACUUGCAGUCUAAAUCAAGGGAAAGUUCUCCUGGACCAUGGGCUGGAAAAGAUGUCUCAGAGGAGCCCUUCAAUAUUUGGGGAACCUGGCAUUCAACAUUAAAAAGUGGAUCCAAAAGCCCAGGAAUGACAGGCUCCUAUGGAGACAUUUAUGAAAGCAGCUUCCUUCGUCCCGGGCGGUGCUCCCUUUCCCAGGGGAACCUCUCCCUGAACUGCCCACGCUGGCAGGGUAGUUCCGCAGAACUGGACAGUGGGAAGCAGAUCAUCCAAAGGACUCAGACCACGGCCACCAUCCCAGAGUAUAAGCCCCAUGUUCCAGUAUCUCGAGUUUGCAGUACACCCCAGAUACAGGAAAGCAGGAAAAGCUCAGAACAAUCUCAUUCGAGAUCUGAGCAGUACUUGACUUUGAGUAGUGCAGAAGAUCUCAGUGAGAGUGACUUGGAUGUGACUUGGCUGCAAAACAGGGCCAAGUCUCUGUAUCUGAGAGUAGCAGAGAGUGGCAGAAAUGAACAGAGGCCUCCGCCUCCCUACCCAGGCCUAAGGAAGCAAGCUUCAGCACCAUCUCAGCAGCCCACCGAGAAACCACUGUGGAGACUUCAGAGGCCAGAGGAAAGUUCAGAGACUGCUGCAAAGGAGGAAGGACAAAUGACUGUCUCCACUGACAAUUCAGAUCUUGGUCAGGAGAAUCAGGACACAGUGAAAAAACUGGGCAAUGCUUAUUCCAUCGAAGCCAGUGAUCAGAACAGUAAAAACUUGGCAAAUCCAGACUGGCAUGAUUGGCAGAGGGAGCGAUGGCAAAUUUGGGAGCUCUUAUCCGCUGAUAAUCCAGAUGCCCUCCCUGAAACUCUAGUAUGACCACUCCCCACACCCAUGUCCUCCCUUCCUCCCCCCCAAAAAUACACACACGCAUACACACAAACUGCCAUGAAUGUCCGUUCUUCCCUCCAGCAGGAAAAAAGAAAGAAAAAUGAUGCUGUUGGACAAUCAGGUGAAUUCUUAUUCUUCUUGUUUUACACCAAUUAAAGUUCAUGUAAAUGUUUUUUUAAAGUCAACACUAUUUUCACUUUAAGAUUUUAAUAGCACUGUCAAAUGUCCAUUUACAAAUAAAUUUCUGUUGCAUAGCCAGCAUUUAAGGAAGAAAAAAUGGAAUGAAACUAUCUAUUUUAACAAUUGUGCCCACAUUUGCUGUGUGUAAGAUAAAAAUCUAUUGCUUUGGUAUAGCUGAAUGUAUUUAUAUGUCUGCAGUUUUGAUGAUUGUAUAUUCUGUAAUGGGUUGUGUAUGAUGAUCAUAUAUGAUAUGUUCACAAACUGAAAACAAAAGGAACAAUUUUAACUGGUUUUUGUUUGUUUUUUAAUCACUGCACUUAUAAGCAUUGAAAUUCUAUAGAGUGUGCACAAGCAGGUUUCUGUGCUUUUUAAAUAUACAUUUGUAAAUGGAAGAAAACCCUUUUGUCACUGCCUGAGAAAAACAUUAAACUUAGACAGGAAAAGCCAUAUUUUUUAUAAUAGUAGUAGUGUGAUAGGGGGAAAAACAUAGUCACCACAUACUUUUUUUUCAUAUAAAAAUGCUUGUGAGCAAAAUUUUAAAAUUGAUACAUUAUAAAAAUAUUUUUUAAGAUUGCAUUAGAAGCUGUUCAGCUAAUCAGUCAGGAGUCAGGCCGUGCCUAACAGAUGGAAGAAUAAUUCAAAAGCCCUUCUCCCCAAUCUAUGCUCAGUACAUUUUAUAUAAACCAUAUAUAUAUAAUAUAUUAUAUAUUUAUAAUGUAUGAUUUUUAUAUAUUUUUCAAAACAACAAACUGGAAUCCAACUCUGAAAAUUUUAAAGCCUAAAUUAAGGUAUGCAAAUUACAAUUGAAUGUGGCUUUUCCUUUUACCCCACAUGCAUUCAGUAUUAAAAAUAAAUAAAUAAAUAAAUGCAUAGAUAAAUGCAGUGCUUAGGGUAUUAACACUAUGUUUGGAAAGAUAUGCAACUUUGCAUAUACAUGAUACCAAAGGCCGAGGAAACAUUUUCUUCGAUGAUUUUAGGCUGCUUUGUGAACUAUGGUAAUACUACAUAGUGUUACAGUAUACGUUUGGGUGUUUUUCAAGUAACUGCAAAAUCAUUUCAUGGCCAGCAGAUGGCAAUUUACUUCAAUGUUUUAAGAAACUUUUCACUUGAUAAGGGAAAAUGUACUAUAUAUAAAAAAAUUUUUCUAAACCAUGCUAGUCUUAAUUUUAAUGAAGAUGAUGACUUUUUUCAGUGAUGCUGUCUUUAAGUUCUAUGUGCCAUAUUUGAAUAAAGAGCUAAGCAAACUAUAUA